CCUUCCCUCGGCCAAUGCACGGCGGGCUGCUGUGGCUGAGCGUGGCUCUCAAUGUAGACCACAGGGCCAACUUGCGGUCCCUGCUCAGCGCCCAUGCCCAGUCGCUGCAGGAACUCCAAAUAUACUGUGGCGUCAACGACGGCCAAGAGAAGUGGUACUUUCCCGACCUGCCCGAGCUCCUGGGGACGUGUGGCUUCCAGGCCCUGAGACGUCUCGUCCUCGUCCACAUUGAAGAUGAAAGUCCAUGCGAGGAGGUCGAUGCCUGCUUGCUACAGCGAAGGGCAAUCCGGAAGCUUUUGCCCCCGUCCGUAGACGUGAUUUGCAAGGGGUGUCCCGGAUCUGUAUUCUAAGUUUACGGGGCUUAACUACUGGCAGAAAAGGUUUUCGUUACACUGUUAUUCAACGAAUGUGACGUCACAUUUGUUUCAAUGUGAAUCGUGUCACAUUCGUUCGAAUGUUGUGUCAUAUUCGUUUAAUCGUGAAUCGGCCAAGCCUGGCGCCAUUUGAGCAUCAAUUAACGUGAAGUCACGUUCAAAUGAAUGUGACACAAUAUUCAAACGAAUGUGACACGUUUCACAUUGAAACGAAUGUGACGUCACAUUCCUUGAAUAACAGUGUUUCCCGGUCUUUUUCUUUCUGGUGUGUGUUAAAUUUAGUGUGUUAUAGUGUGAUUCGUUGUUGUAAUAAAGU